AAUCAAAGUUAAAACCUCUCAUGAUUUUGCAGUUUUUUUUUUAACACGCUUGAAGUGAGACGUAUACAUAAUCUGUACGCGUCAGAUAUCUCUGAAAACAUGUUUAGAUUUUGAUAAACCGAUCAAAACGGUUAGUUUUUAGCUAAACUUAGCUGAGAUUGAUUAGCUGCUCUAGCUAACACAAGCAGCAGCAGGUAGCCACAGGUAGUCGUAGCUAGCUAGCUUGCAAUAAAUCUUCUUUUCUCGGCUUUAUAACGUCGUUAGCUAAAUUUGUGUAGUGCUGAAAGACAAUUUUUACAAUCCUGAACGCGCUUCUGUCAAAACAACGGUUGACACAACUGGGGACAAAUUGUACCUGCUUCUAGCUUUAAUCGUUUUAUUUUAGGAGUUACUGGUGAUUGCUUUUAAAAAUACUAACGCUUGUAUUUACACAUUCAGCAUGGACGCAGAACUUGAGUUUUUGCGCGAUCAAGUCCACAGGUUAAAUUCUGCUCUCAGCCAGUAUCAGUAUGGCAACCGCAACCAGUCCACACCAUCUCAGGUUGAAGAAGCAAGGCGGGCAGAGUCUCCUGCUCCCUGGAUCUCAGAUAGAGGCAUAAUGGCUCCUCUGAUAGUGGAGUAUGAUCGGCACAUGGAUGAAAUGACUGAACAGCUGCGGAGAUACCAGGGCCAGAUGACAGAUGUUACAGCGAAACUGAAGAGGGUUGUCAAGGAAAACGAAAGGCUGCAUGCAGAACUGAGGGAGUCUGUUGAGAAGCAGCUUCAUUCCCUGCCCAUGGCUUCAGGAGUAGAGGGCAGCACCCUGGAGGAGGAUUCAGUCAUCAAAAACCUUCAAGAACAGGUCCAGCUGUCUGAACAGGAGCGGGUGCAGGCCACGGAGCUGUGGCAGACGGCAGCCCAGGAGCUGGACCGCCUCCAACAGGUCUACCAGAAGACCAUGUCUGAUGGACAGAUCCACGACGCCCAGAGACAGCAGCUCAAGGAUCAGCUUGUUCAGUUCCAGCAGCACACGUACAAACUCCAAGUGGCCAAUCAGAAACUGGAAUCGACUAACCAGCAGUUCCUGAAGACAAUGACGGAGCAGAGCACAGAGAUGGAGGAGCUACACAGCCAGCUCAGGCAAGCCAAGAUUGAACUGAGAACAGCAACAGCCAAGGUGGAUGAGAUGACCAAAUUAUUACAGAAUGUCCAGGGCCAAAUGCAGAGACGGGAGGAAGAUGUGGCAGAAGCCCAGGGUCGAGAGGACGCUGCAGACAGACGGCUCCAGCAGCUUCAGGCAGCCUUGAGUCAGCUAGAGACCAGGCUAAAAGCUGCAUCUCAGGAGGCAGAGGCAGUUCGCAGAGAGCAAACUGUGUGGGAGAGAAAGGUGGGAGAACUCCAGGCACGCUGUACCACCCUAGAAGAGGAGAAGUAUGAGGCCUUGUCCAAAGUCAGAGAGAGUGUUCAAGUGGCUGAGGAGGCUGCCCUGCAGAAGGACCAGGCCCUGUUAAGAGAGAAGCAGAAGACAGAAGAGCUGGAAAAGACAAAGGAGGCCAUCAAACAGCUGAUCCAGGAUGCUGCAGUUCGUACCAGAAAAGAGGUGGAAAAUGUUCGCAAACAGUGCAAUGUUCAAAUCCACCGUAUGGCAGAGGAGCUGUCGGCACUGCAGCUGGAGUGUGCAGAUAAAGAGUCUCAGAUUGAAAGGUCCCUGCGAGAGAGAAAAGCUGUGGAGGAGGAACUGGAAAAGGUGUAUAAGGAGGGAAGGGCAGAGCCAGAGUUCAGGAAGAUAGAUGCCCUUCAUCAGAGGUGUCUAAAUGCAGAGAGAUUGAAGGAAGACUUAAGCCUCACUCUACAAAGCACCCAGACCAAACUAAAAAAGAUGGAGCUGGACUAUAAUGAGGAGCUGUCACGGUGCCAAGAAGAAGUGCGUCAGCUACAAAGCUCUCUGGCUGCAGCCCGGGAUGACUGCGUUGGUGUCAGUGAUGAGCGGCUUCAGCUGCAACAAGAGAACUUGCAGCUCCGCAGGGAGAUGGAUGAGCUGCGCAAAGCCUCCCUGCUGGUCCAAAAGAAGGCCAAGCAACAGGUUUCGCAGAUGGAGCACGAGUACAGCCUAAAAGAGCAGGGACUGGAUGCGCGGGUGAGGGAGCUGGAGGAAAGCAGUCGAAGCUCGAGUGCUGAUCUGACGCGCCUCCUUACAGCACAGCAGAAAAGCACUCAGCGAUGGAAGGAGGAAGCCAAGAACCUGGUCCAGGCCUUUGAGACUAAAAUCACAGGCCUCAAGGCAGAGCUGAGUCGUCAGAAGCAGCGUUCACAUGAGCUAGAGAUACGGCUUGAAACUGACCAUAAUACCAUUUCUGAGUAUGAGAGGCAGCUAGCAGAAUAUCAAGAGAAAGCGAGUCGUCUCCAGAGACGCCUGACACAAGCUGAGCAGCGGGCAUCUACUGCUACACAGCAGCUGAGUAUGUUGGCGUCCCAGCGAAGGAAGACUGCAAUAGCUAAUCCAGAUAGUGUAUGAUGGCAGCUGGUUACUGUGCUGUAGAAACAAUAAUGUAAAGAAUGUGUUGCUCUCUCCGCAUUCUGGCCAAAAGAGUCCGUGUUUUUAUAGUUACAUGGCAGCAACAAUUUUCUAGACUAAUAUUGUACAAAAUGGUGAAUUGUUUGUGUAAGAAGCCACUGAUAUGUGCAGUGUAAUAUCCAAAAUAAACUUUGUGAUAACUUAAAA